AUGACAACAGCCUAUGAAAUGGACGGAACCCCGGGAGCAACUUCAGCACAGGCCCGAAUCACGGCUUUGCACGAUCAACUUGAUACCUUCGAAUUCAUUGCCAAGCAGCCACAGCUUGCUAUGUUCGACAGAAUGGGGAGGGAUCUGCCUUGUAUAUCACAGUAUCUUGAAGGCGAGUUCCACGAGAAAGCGCUUUCUGCUAGGAAGUUUCUGCGAGAGCAUGCUCAUAAGCUUGAGGGAUCUGAUGUCAGUGAAAAGAAGAUUAAGAAGCAGUUCAGAAAAGUCAUGAGAUCAUACUUCGCUAGUGUUGUCGAUUACGAUCGCGUAUUCAAAAUCUCUUCGCGCAUGGCAGCGGCUCCUUUGCCAGCAAAAAGGAACGUCGACAUGUUUCGUGCCCUCAGUGGAAGUGUCGACGGACAUGUCAAAUUAGCGGCCAAUGGACAGUUGCUGAGUAUGUAUGGCAAUCCAGGAGCGCCCGUGCCGUUCAACCUGACUACGUCUUACGAUGACGACCUCCAACCAAUGGGUAUGUUUUUACGAGAAUGGUUGAUGGAUCCAGUAAUCGAAUACGCCUGUGUGCCUGUCAUAUAUUAUUUGCAACAGUUCGGAAUACUUCGGAAUCGACCCAUCGACUAUUUCCUUGAGAAUAUCAACAAUGGUAUCAUUGAGGGCUUUGAGGAAGCCGCUAUAUGUUUUUUACUGGUAUCAACCUUGGCUGUCGCAAUUGGCACGCUUGGUGUUUCCCAGGGGCUGGGACUACGCAUUAUGAUAAUGUCGUUGUUUUCUUUUGCCAUUGCGUUCUCGGCACAAUUUAUGGGAAGACGUUCACUCCUGAAAUUAGCUGCUGGCAAGUUAUGGCUUCAAAAUUGGUACCUUGAGCUAGCGGAAGUAAGCAAGAAGGGUCGUGUUGGGGACGAAGAGGGUACCGUUCGCAUAACGACUCGACAUUACGUCAAAGAGGUCCCUGCACAAUCACGAAGCGCGCUUGGUCAAAGGUUUGAGGAAAUGAAGAUGCCUCAGAACACACAGCUAAAACUGCGCCUCCCGCCCACUGGCCAAUCUUACCACUCUCAACAAGUCUCUAUGCCCUGGCUUGAGAUACGCUAA